ACAAAUCUUUGUCGAUGUUCCUCAUGUUCCCGUCUCGUCUGGCCUUGCGGCUAUGGGACCCUAGACGCCCAUCAGGACACAUGUAAAAGCGACACAAACCUGGCUGGAUUCCUGACGUUUUCGGCACUUUCACGCUUUGUGCCGUGUCCAGCACCCCGGAAGCGCGAACACCACCAGUCUUGGUCCUGUACUCGAUCCUGCCUAUAUCUAUCCGCCCCCAGCUCACUUCGUGAACAACACUUGGAAUCUCUAACAUCUCUGAUCUGCUUGCCGAGUCCGUGAAUCCCAACAUGCUUUUCCCUGUGGCCGUCUUCGCCGGACUCGCCGUCCUCUACUACCUGACAUCCCCAAAGGAUUCUGGGACCCCUCGUGAACGAUAUGAAGCCCUUCGUGCAGAAGCAAAUCAAGCUGGAGAUGCUAUGGCACGCACCUUUGAGGAGAGUCGGCUCGCGUUCGAUAAAGGCGAGAAGAAGAAGGCGAAGGAGUUGAGCAAUGAGGGGAAGUUGUUGAGGGAGAAGAUGGAGAGGUUGAAUGUCGAGGCGAGUGAGAUGGUGUUUAGAGAGAAUAACAUGAAUCGUCCCUCAGGAGAAGUAGACCUGCAUGACCUUUACGUGAAGGAGGCCAUUGCGUUCACAGAUCGAAGUAUUCGAAAGGCACGGAGACGGGGAGACACAAAGAUCAAGCUUAUAGUCGGCAAGGGGAUACAUUCCACAGGCGCAGCAAAACUCAAGCCUGCCAUCGAAGAACUUAUGCAGAAGAAUCGACUAGUGGCUGCUCUGGACGAACAGAAUGCGGGCGUUCUCAUCGUUCAACUCGACGGCGUCACUCCUUAUCAAGGCGACGGGAGACUUUUAGAUGCGAAUGACAUUGCGAGCAAGUUGGAUAAGAAAGACGAUGGCUGUCAUAUCAUGUAAAAUGUAUUAUGUUGCAUUAUUGAGGCUCACGGUCACUUACAACUCGGGUCUCUUUAAAC